CAGGGAAUGCAGGAAAACAUAUGAAGUUGAGGCUCUGUGUAAAGCAGCCGAGACUAUUGCUUCUAGCGGACUGAAACUUACUGCCAAGCUAUUGUAUGAUGAAGUGUGCUCCGACACGCGCUUGAAGGGCUUGACGUAUAAACGUGUUCUCAGCUUUUUGCAAUACAACAAAGCCGGGCAAAAGUAUAUCCGGCCUAGGCCCAACGCUACCACUCAGCCUUCGAAGAAGCGUUCAAAGUGGACUCCGGACGAAGAAUCAGCGUUUCAGGAAGCAGUGCUCACGCUACAAUCCACCAACAGAAAAGUAACAGCGGGCGCUGUCGUAAAGGAGUUGAAUGGAAGUGCUCCACGUACAGUCAAGUGCACUACCGACUUGGGCAGUUGGCGAAAACUCAGCGUCUUCUAUGUUCAUCAGAGGAUAAUGGAAACGUCAGCAACAAUAGCGGUGUGGAGGAUGGUGAAUUGAGGAAGACGAACCCAGCACCGAGAACGAGCCAGAUGUGCAUUCCGACGGCCUUGGGCUCCCGACCACCAGCACGCACUCGUGUGUCGAAGCUGCUGAGAAGGCGUGCAGAGAAGCGUUCUCCCAAACCUGCUCGUCACUCUCCUAAGCAGCCUCGUCAGCCCAAGCAUGACUCCCACACACCGCCAUCAUAAACAGCCGCGAAAACGCACCCAACCACCCCACCACACCGUCACCCCCCCAUGCUACACACCCAUUUGGGCAGGCCAUGAGAUCGCUUCGGUCUGGUUAUUCGGGAGGCCUUGGGGUUACCUGCUACCCAGCAGCUUCCUGAGGGUGUCUUGGAUGGCCUUCGUGAUUCUUUCCAGCGUCUUUGGUCGAUUUGUUGGGAGAAUGGUUUCAAGGAAGCGUUUUGGCGUCUUUCUAUUGAUGGGGUUCCCUUGCUGGGGAAUUCUCAUAUGUCUAGGGCUCGUCCGGAAUGUUGUGGUUGUGGGUCCGUUGUCUUGGGGGUGUCUCCGCGGUUGCAUUUUUUCUGGGCUUGUCCUGUUGCUCGUACUGUGGUUGAGCAGCUUGAGGUCACGCUGGGUGUUGCGGUUCCUCGGGCUGCCUUGUGGUUGGCGUUGCCUCCUUCGGGCGUGCAGCAGUGCGUUUGGGAUGUUGUUGUUUUGGCUGCUUUGUCCACUAUGGAGGAGGGUCGGCGGUUGUUACGGGCUCGUGUCCGUGAGUCCGGUUCUGCGGGUGUUGUGCCUGGGCUUGCUGAUGUGGUGGCCCUGUCUGCUGUUUCCUGGUUCUGGGGUCAGCUUCGGGGUUUUGCUUGUUUGGGUGUUCCCCGUCGGGGAUGGGCUGGGGUUGGCCCUUCUCAUCCUUUCUUACGUAUUGUUGGCGGGCGGCUUUCUGUGGGCCGUUGAGCGUCCUGUUUUUGGCCCUGUUGUCUUUGGGGUGGUGUGUUCGUGGCUUCCGGUUUGGGUUGUCUUAUGCCCUAGAUGAAGUUUGUCGAGGUUUGCUGAGGGGCCUAUUUUGGCUUCUACCCUCUUGUUUCCCUCCUGAGGUUUCUUUUAGGGCUAUGUCUCCCAUCUUGUUGGCCCGUUGUGGUGCUGUCUCUACGGUUUGUUCCGUUUCUUUUGCAAUGUAGGGUUGGGUUCAUCACCCGUGUUCCCUUUUAGGGCACCAUUGUAACGGUCAUUCAUUCAACUAGCAAAUAUUGGCAAACAACCAAUAACCCACCAAUGUCACCAUCCUCCACACCGCUAUUGUUGCUGACGUUUCCAUUAUCCUCUGAUGAACAUAGAAGACGCUGAGUUUUCGCCAACUGCCGAAGUCGG